AUGGGGCACUAUGCCUUUGUGGGAGCUGUCAACAAACAAAUGAAUCAGCUGUACAAGGAGUUUUGUGACAGUGUCAAGAAUCCACCCAAUGUAAAGUACUCUAAGUAUGGAGCCAAGUCUCAAGCAACCACCACAGAUACGCUCUGCGGCGUGGCAUUUGCCAAUAUGGCCUGUGCAGAAUACUGGAACAGUGACAACUCUGAAGACAAAGGCCCAUGUUCACAAGUUGUCUGCUCAACAAUUGCCAAGCUUGGGAGUUUUCAUCUUCUUCUAUGGGCUCGCGAAAAGGGACACCAAUGGGAUGUAUGGACGUCUCAUGGUGCUGCUCAAGGCGGGCAGCUGGAAACUCUAAAAUCUUUGCAUAGGUAUGGCUGUCCAUGGAAUCCAGAUACAUGCAAAUUUGCUGCUGCAAGUGGAAAUUUGAAAGUCCUGAAAUAUGCCCACGAAAAUGGUUGUCCAUGGGAUAAAUGCACAUGCGCUGCUGCUGCCAAAAAUGGCCAUUUGGAUGUCCUCAAGUAUGCCCAUGAGAAUGGCUGUGCCUGGCACAAAGGUACAUGCAAAGGUGCUGCUGCAUUUGGAAAUUUGGAAGUCCUGAAAUAUGCCCACCAAAAUGGUUGUCCAUGGGAUAAACUCACAUGCCUUCGUGCUGCCAAGAAUGGCCAUUUUGAAUGCCUCAAAUAUGCCCAUGAAAAUGGCUGUGCCUGGCACAAAGCUACAUGCAAAGUUGCUGCAGAAAAUGGGCAUUUUGAUGUUCUGAAAUAUGCCCAUGAAAAUGGCAGUCAAUGGCAUGCGGACACUUGCUGCUGUGCUUCUCGCAAUGGCCAUUUGGAGUGCCUCAAAUAUGCCCAUGAGAACAGCUGCCCAUGGGAUGAAGAAACAUGCUGCUUUGCUGCUGAAAAUGGCCAUUUAGCAUGCCUCAAAUACGCCCAUGAAAAUGGCUGUCCUUGGGAUCAAAGCACAUGCAGCAAUGCUGCACACAAGGGUCAUUUGGAAAUCCUAGAAUAUGCUAUUGAGAAUGGGUGUCCAUGGGACGGAGAUUAUGUACUCAGCAUCGGAACUUCACAGGUCAAGGCUUGGGUUCAAGACUUCAAAACCCAGAGCAAUGCAUGA